GGACAGCUAGAGGCCUAGUAGGGCUAUAUAUUUACUAGACUGGGUGGAGAGCCAAAUAAGCCUUCGCUUUGCAAUCCCUCCAUACAAUUUCAGACGUUACCAUAUAAUUGUCCAAACGAUCGACCUGAGUCAUGUAUCCAUUGGCACUCUUCCUGGUGAUCUUGGUCACCACCGGCACCGCCUCUGCAGUGUACGGCCAUCCUGCCGCCGCUGGCACUCCGGCGGCGCGGUUCUGGGAGGAGGCCCUCCCCGGCACGCCCAUGCCGGAGGCCAUAGCCAACCUUAUCCAACAAGGCAUUGACCAUUCGCCGCUUGUGGAGCAUUUCACUUCUAGCAGCCGCCGCCCUGCUGCCGUCGAUUUGAUAACAUACAGUUACAAUGGCGGCUCUCGGGUUUACGCAGCGGUGCCACCAGGCUUCUUCUUCCUCGAGUCUCAGGUAAGCGUGGGAAGCGCCAUGACAGUCUCCUUCGAGCCGGCAGCGAUGUGGCCUCCCAUCCUCCCCCGCGACGUCGCCCAGAAGGUCCCAUUCAGCAACCUAGCGGACGUGCUCGCCACGUUCCACAUCGCGGCGAGCUCCGCCGAGGCGACGACGGUAGGCGAGACCGUGAGCCUGUGCGGAGCCCCGCCGCCACUCACCGGCGGUGAGCAGAAGGCCUGCGCGACGUCGCUGGAGGACACCGUGGAGAGCGCCACCCACAUGCUCGUCGGCGGCGGCAGCGUUCGUCAUCAUGGCGUGGUGUUGUGGGCGGCUAGCUCGUCGGCGUCGGCGGUGCCGCCGGCGGCACACCACCAGCAGCAGCCGUCGUUCGUUGUCCAGGCGGUCGCCUCGCUCGACGGCGACCGCCACGUCGGCUGCCACGCCAUGCCGUUCCCGUACGCCGUCUACUACUGUCACAUGACGGGGCGGCCGUCCAAGGCGUACGCGGUCUCGCUCCGCGGCCUCACCGCCGGUGGCAGUCCGGCGGUCACCACCAUGGCGGCGAUCUGCCACCUCGACACCUCCAACUGGGACCCGGCGCACCCGGCCUUCGAGAUGCUGCGCACACGGCCGGGCGGCGCGCCGGUUUGCCACUUCAUGUCGUACGCCAGUCUGCUCUUCGGCGAGAAGGCAGCCAACGCCUAACUAACACGUUACACGCGUUGCUCUUUUGAUGCAUGCAUGGCUUUAUCCACACACGUUACAAAUGAAGAAUUUGUGCAAAUUCGAUGGCGUCUAUAUAUAUGUUUAUAUCUUGAAGAACAGUGCUUUAUAUAUUAUUAGCAUAAAUAUAAGUGCCCGCUGUGUCUCUGGUUCAUAGGGCCUGUAUGUUUA